GAACAGUUGCCUUUUCCUCUUACACAGGGGAGAUGUCAUUUUGUUUGAGACUGGAUUCAGCUGAAACUAAGUCACAAAGCAGAGAGGGUAUGAUGGCUAAGAAACCCCCAAAACCGGCCCCUCGCAGGAUCUUCCAAGAAAGAUUAAAAAGUACUGCUCUACCCUUAUACUUCGAAGGCUUUUUAUUAGUCAAGCGGUUAGAACAUCAGGAAUAUAAACAUUACUGGACAGAGCUGAGAGGAACCACACUUUUCUUUUAUUCUGACAAAAAAAGUACAAUCUAUGUUGACAAGUUAGACAUCAUAGACCUCACAUGCCUUACUGAUCAGAAUUCAACUGAAAAGAACUGUACAAAAUUCACACUGGUUUUGCCAAAAGAGGAAGUUCAACUGAAGACAGAAAGCACAGAAAGUGGGGAAGAAUGGAGAGGCUUCAUUCUUACAGUAACAGAGCUGUCAGUUCCCCAACAUGUAUCACUCCUUCCCGGGCAAGUAAUUAGACUACAUGAAGUCCUAGAGAAAGAGAGAAAACGAAGGAUUGAGACAGAACGACUACCAAGUACAUCUCUGGAAAAAGAGAAGGAGCCAACCGAAGAUUACAUGGAUGGACUGAACCCUAUGCCAGCAUGUUUUUAUACAGUCUCCAGGAAAGAAGCCACUGAGAUGCUUGAGAAGAACCCUUCAUUGGGAAAUAUGAUCCUGAGACCUGGUAGUGACAGUAGAAACUACUCCAUCACCAUCCGACAGGAGAUAGAUAUGCCAAGGAUCAAGCACUACAAAGUAAUGAGCCUAGGAGAAAACUAUACUAUUGAACUGGAAAAGCCUGUAACACUCCCAAGCCUUUUCAGCGUCAUUGAUUACUUUGUGAAGGAGACUCGAGGAAACUUACGACCGUUUAUAUAUUCAGCUAAUGAAAUUCUUGAGACCAAAGAAUUUCCUCUAACAUCUCUAAAAUAAAAAAUAAACUUGGGGGUGAGUAGGAAUCGAAUAUAACUCACCUCCUCCUGGAUGAUUUUGUCAAAGUAUGUAAUACUGUGAAGAAAAAAAAAACACCACCACCCUCAAAACAUGGCAUUUAAAUCAACGGGUUUCUUAACUCACAAUUCUGUGCAUCAGUAAAGUAAUAAUGAUCGGAUUAAGUUGGAUAACUCUUCCUCUAGUCCCAUUGGUAUCAUUUACAGGACUGUACCACCUGAGGGUUCGACUGGGGGGAUGGAUGGUCCAAGGAGGCCUCAUUUACAAAUCCGGUCAACACUGGGAUCAACUGAUUUGACUGUUUCCACUUCUUGAAGGUAUCCCAAGAGCUCUCAUCAGAGGUCCUGGAGCAGUAAGGUGAUGGAUGUAUUGCUGCACAUUGUCAAGCUGGAAUUUUUUUUUUUAAAUUAUCUUUAUUUAUUGGAUAGAGACAGUCAGAAAUCAAGAGGGAAGGGGGUGAUAGAGGGGAAAAGACAGACACCUGCAACACUGCUUCACUACUUGUAAAGCUUUCCUCCUGUAGGUGGGGACCUGGGCUUUGAACCUGGGUGCUUGAGCAUUAAUCUCACAUAUGUGCUCCACCACCUGCCCCCCAAGCUAGAAUUUCUUAAUAUUGAGGAGACAGUAUGGCUUACUAGGAGCUUGUAGUAUAGAAGCUGUCAAUCGAAUACAUAUCUCCAAGCCUAGUAGCUUUUUAUGUAGUUGUAUUUUAAAAAUUGUAUACAAUAAAAUCCACUUUUUUUGAAGUGGAUCUGAGUUGAUGACCACUACCACAACCAGGGUAGACAAUUCCAUGAUCUUGAGUACACACUUUCAAGUGAUAACUUUAGUGAAGUCCUUAAAGGUUACAUGAGUAACCACUAUUGAAGUAGAAACAUUUUUCAGACUGGUUAGUAAAAUAUUUUAAUUACUCACAGACAUGCCCUUUUCAUAGGCCCUGAAACCAAAUGAUCUUUAAGAGUAUCUGGAGGUGAAGACAGUUGGUUUCUGCUGUAGAAAAUGUGUGUCCUGUCAGUUCAGUGGUAGAGGAAGACAGUGGCAGCGAUAUUUAAAAUAAACUGCAGAGAAAUGACUGACUUCCCUGUGGAAUACAGGGAUUGAUUUAAUGUCACACCUGACAAUUUUUUGUCUAACUCAAGGCCACAAAGUAUUUUCCUGUUAAUAUGCUUUAACAUUUGGGUUUACUAUCCAUAUGGAAUUAUUUUUGCCUAAGAAGGACUAGGUUGUCAUCUAUCUGGAUUUAGAUAUGUAACUAUCCCAACAUGUUAAGCAAUUACCUUGUCUUUGUUAAAAAAAAAAAAAGUUGAUAUGAUUCUGUGGAUCAGGUGAUGCUUCAGUCCUUUGUGAAAAUCAAGUUCUGAUUGCUAUAGCUUUAUAAUGAUUCUUAGUCAGGAAAUAUGAAAUAGUUUGUACUAGUUUUGUCUUCUUGAGUGAAUUUUGGUAUACUCUUUCAAGGCUUUAUUUUCUUUUUGAAGUCUUCAAAAGCCCUUAUUUCAUCCCUUUGUUUUAGACAGAAAUUGAGAGGGAAAGAAAAAAUAACGCAGCCCUGUUUUGCCAUUCAUGAAGUCUCACCACUGCCGGUGGGGCCCUGGAACACUGAACAGGUGUGCCAACACUUUGCCCCAUAUUCCCAGCUCUCCUGGGUCAAAGUGGCUGGUUAAUUUGAUCUCACCACAGAAUCUUUCAUUUUUCCUAUUUUUUCCAAUUUCAUUGCUAUUUUUCAUUUAAAUGCUAUGUAUUUAAAUUCAUCUGUCCCAAUGUAAAAUGCAUUAUAACUUUCCUACUAAGUACCUAACAGUGUUUCACAAGUUAACAUGUUGGCUUUUAAUUAAGUUUAAAAUAUUUUCUAAUAACCUUAGGCUCCACUUCCCCUU